GAUUGUUGUGCGGCAUGACCACAUCACAUCGUCGACUCCAUAGCCAGCUUCAAUAGGAGGCACCUUUUCUUCAAGGUCCUGCAAUGUAUACCGAAGCCACUGGGUAAUUCGGUUCACGCCGCGAUAUUCUCAAAACAAAUAGGUCGCCAUGAUCAUUGCGAUAAUGGUAGAUCUGAUGUCUGAGUUCUGAGGUCUCGACGACCCCUCCUUCCCCUCCGCCUUCUAUCAUUCAAAAUUAGACAAUGCUCCUUCUAGUUGCUACAACAUGGCGAGACAAUCAUGAGAUCGAGAUCAAAGACUCAACACAUUGAACUCAACACAUUGAAAUCCGUUGACAUUGGGAAAUGAUUGUGGUGGUCGAAAGAAAAUACCCCCACCAAGCAAGUACAACGCGACACAAUACGCCACAAGGAUACUAGAGCUGAACGUUACAACAAUUUCCCAAGAGAAGAUUUCCAACUUCCUCUCACAUCUCGAUAACAUACCAGCGAGACGAAACCAAAGAUGCCUUCUGCCGUCGUAAGUACCACGGUUCAAUCCUGUGUCUUAUCGGGGAUCAGCAAUAUUAUCGCACAAUUUAUCUCUGCAAAUCAAAGCAAUACUGAAUUCACAAUAAACUGGACACCGGUAAUUCACUUCGUCUUAUACGGCGCGCUGAGCGCUCCGCCAAACUUCUACUUACAAUCCCUCCUCGAAUCGCUUCUGCCCUCCAAGAAACAAGCUUCUCCACGAAAUGUCUCUGAGAAGAAAGCUGCACAGCCCCAACCAACGCUCUCCGUCACUAAUACCAUUCUGAAAGUGGUUAUCGAUCAAACCCUCCUCGCAGUCUUGAACGUGAUGCUGUUCCUGAUCACCUUCUCGUUAUUCCGCGGGGCCACCCUGCAACAAGCUGUACAGUCUGCAGAAUCCGAAUACUGGGAUAUGAUGAAAGCAGGAUGGAAGCUGUGGCCAUUUGUCAGUCUGAGCAAUUUUGCCGUUAUCAAGAGUGUCCAGGGACGGGCUUUGCUGGGGAGUUUGGCGGGGAUUGGGUGGAAUGUUUACUUGGGAUUGGUGCAGGGUGAGAAGUGAAGGGUGGGACAUUCAGGUGAUGGGGUUUGUGGGUAUGAAGCCAAUGGGGCUUCGGAGAUGUACGAUCACUAAGUAAGGGUAUGGUGGAAAGCAUUUCUUUUUAAUGAGAUCUGGAUUGACAGCCGAAUGAAGAUACCAAGUACAACAGAGAAGGUGCUUUUGGGUCAAGCACAGAACCCAUGACAUCUUGAGAUGACAUGCAUGCUUCUUUGUUAUCUCACAUGGUACGUUGGAGCUUCUAUAGACCAACACCCAAGAACGAAACUGCUUCAAGUAUAGACAGAGCGGAGAAUAUACAAAUCCAAAUCAGAUAUAGCAUUAUGAUGAUGUACAAAAGAUGCAAGUAUGCAUUCACGCUACACACAUGUAUCCAGCCGUAUCAAAGUUCUUGCGCAAUCAGCAUGCCUUUCAUAUCAAUAUUGUCUAAUGUCAUGAAAUCAUGAACCCCCUACCUGUUCGAGUAGGCUAUGCCCUCGGGUUUGAGAGCGAGAAUACACACAUGUUUUA